UUGAUAAACCAGAAGACUAAGCGUCGUUAACGAGGAACGAGUAACGAGGAACGCGGCCGUCUUUAGUUUCCCGAAAUAUCGGCCACGCGUCUCGUGACAUCUGCGGGGCGCGUAGUUCUUUAAGAUUGGCAGAGAACCGAACAGCGCAAGAAGUAGAAGAUACUCGUCGAAAGCAUCAAGCGAAACGGCAAGCGGAAGCUGCGUUCCCUGGUAGAUGUUUCGAAGGAAACACCGAUCCGGCAAUCUGAAGCAGGAAAGGGAGAAGAUCACGCAGUACCUGCAGAGCUUCCUGUCUCGAGUACGAGAUCCUGAGUACGGGGAUCCCGGAAAAGGGGACGAUGCCGCGGCGGAGGACGCAACGUUGAGCGGAUCGACGAGCAGACGGAUCACCGAAGAUGCGAGGAAUAAAGUGUUAGCUGCCGAGAGUACCAGCGCCGCCAUUCGAUUGUCCGCGUUGGACGUUCCUGGACCCUCGAGAGUCGAACCUAGCAAGAAGAAGUCGGACCCAGUCAUGCGGAAGUCCACGCAGGACAAGUCUACGCAAAUGUGGAAGAAUCUGAGCACGCAGAAGCUCCAGGCGGACGAACAAGACGACGACGAUUCCGACCAGCAAGAAUAUCCUCAGAGGCCAAAGUACAUUCUGGUAGGAUGGGAUCGUUUCCGUUCGAAACUGAUGGUCCUACUGAUAGUCCUGUUCCUUUUAUGGGUAGCGAUCUACUUCCCGUUGAUUGGGAGCUGAAAGUCAAUAGCGAAGAUUAACUUUAUCAUUCGUCGAACGGAAACUGUAUCGUAGAGUUCUCUCUCGAACUCUUCCGAUCGUUGCGAAACGGUAACUUGUAAAUAUGUAAAUAAGUCUUGGAAGAGCACAAAGAUGUCACGCGCCGAUCAUUUUCGAAUAAAGACGCCGUUCUGCUAAUUAUCUACUACCAAUUGUGACACAGUGCGCCAAGUUCAAUUACGACGCGAUAACAACAACGUAACGUUGCCGAUAACGAGUAACGGUAAAAUUGGCGGACCAAUGGUGUUCGAUUCGAAUGCAACGGAAUAAAACGAUGCAAAAGAGAAUGUUCUCUAGAGAACCACAUUGUACUCUUCACUUGAGAAUCCCUCGAUUCUGCCCUCCUGAAUCUGAAUAAAAUCGAUUACGAUCGGACCCCUAUGAGUCACGGUGCUUCCUUCC